GCAUUCCUCCGCACCGCGUCACCAGGUACGGCCCAGCCUUUGCUCGGCCUUUGCUCAAGGGCUGGUACCUCGUUAUGUUUCUACCCUGGCCCGCCUCGGCGUGCACUGCCCAUAGGUUCUUUUCUUGACUUAGGCCUUGGCUUGCCCUGCUAAGUUUCUAGUGACUCUCGGAGGCGUGGCCAAAUGGGCGGGGCCUAUGGGCAUCCUGGAGCUGGUGCCUAGCAACAACGGAGGCAGGGAACCCUGGAGUUUGCUCAACCCAUAAGUCAGCCUAGAAACCUGGCCAUGACAGACAAGAGUAAGACUCAGAGAAAUCCAUCUGCCUCUACCUCUAAAACGGGGUUAUUAAAGGAGCCUGACAAAGCCCGUUCACAGAAAACUCCAAAGCUAAAGGUUCCUGAGACCCCAGAGAGGAUCCUGAGACGCAUCUUUGGGACCAGCCAUGUGUUCUAUGUUAUGGCAGAUACUACGAAACCAAAGAUGAUAGGGUCAACGGUGCCUGCCAAAGUCAGAGAGUACUACAACCAAGGCCAUCAGUGCCUAUUACAAGAGGACUGGGAGAUGGCUGUCCUGUUCUUCUCCCGUGCCCUCCACCUGGACCCCAAACUGGUAGACUUCUAUGUAUUCCGUGCUGAGGCCUUCAUCCAACUCUGUGAUUUCUCCUCUGCCCUCCAGAACCUCCGCAGGGCCUACUCCUAUGACCCAGGGAAUAACAGAUACCUGGAUCGGCUGGCCUUUGUGCUCUACCUACAGGGCCAGUGUCUGUAUGACCUGUGUGACUUCCAGGAAGCCCUGUGUGUCUUCCUGCAAGCCUCAGACCUCCAGCCCCAAAACGCUUCCUUCAGUUACCGAUGCAUGGCCUGCCUGCUGGCCCUCAAGCGGCAUCAUGACUGCCUUGCCCUCAUCACUAGGGAGGUAAAGCAGGGCCGGGCCAGCGCUGAUGUCUACAUCCUCCGGGCUCGGCUCUACAAUUUCUUCCAGAAGGCCAAGCUUUGCUAUCAGGACCUUCGAUGCGCCCUGCUCCUAGAUCCCAUGCACGCACAAGCCAAAGGGCUGCUCCAGAAGAUGGUAGACCAGGCCAAGCAGUCUCGCCAAGAUGCCAGCAUCCUGGCUGUGCAGGGGAAGCUGCACCGUGCGCUGAAGUGCAUCAGCUGUGCCAUUGAGAACAACCCCUUGGAUCCCAGCUUCUUCCUCUUCCGGGGCACCUUGCGCAGAAGGCUCCAGCAAUUUGACCCAGCUGUGGAAGACUUCCUGAAGGCACUGGACAUGAUGACUGACACCCAGGACAGCCUAGUGAAACAGGCACAGCGCCAGCUGCUACUGACUUACAACGACUUUGCUGUGCACUGCUACAUCCAUGGUGCCUAUCAGGAGGGUGUGCUGCUGCUGAACAAAGCUAUCAGAGAUGAGCAGAACGAGAAGGGCCUGUACAUCAACCGUGGGGAUUGCUUCUUCCAGCUGGGCAACCUGGCCUUCGCGGAGGCAGACUAUAAGCAAGCGCUGGCUCUGAGCCCACUGGAUGAAGGAGCCAACUUGCGCAUGGGUGUGCUGCAGGAGAAGAUGGGCUUCUGCCAGCAGAGACACAGGCAGUUCCAGACAGCAGAGGAGCACUUCUCGGAGGCCAUAAGGCACAACCCUCGGAAACCCCAGUACUACCUGCACCGGGCCAAGUGCCGACAGUUCCUGCAGAACAUUAUAGGGGCCCGCCAGGAUGUUGCUACUGUACUGCUUCUGAACCCCAACUAUCCAAAGAUGUCUGGAAUGAUGAACAGCCUCUUUCCUGGCAUGGCUGUGGAGAAUGUGCUUAAGAGCCAAGUGGCCGAACUGGCUAAGCUCCAGCUAAGUAGGAUGAUAGAAAAUGGGCCGAAGAACAUCUACCCUCAAAGCACUGUGGUGCAGCGGUUAAUGGAACGUAAGAAAGCCCGAGCCCUGGUGAAAUCCUGGAAGCAUGAACUUCCUGAGACCCCUGAAGAGGAAGUGACUAUUUUCCAGGCUCCGCAGGUGGUAGAGGCCAAAAAGGUGACGAUCUCUCGCAGGAGGUCAUCUCUGACAGACAGCUAUGUGGACCAGACCUCCUCAGGUUCCGUCUUCAGCCUUGUGAGCAUCAGCACGUCGGGGCCGGAGAUGUCAUCCAGUGAUGAGUAUAGGAGUACCUCUCACACAGCUAUAGCAUCCUCUGAGUCCAUUCUGCCAAAGCCACAGUCCUCAGGAUCCAAGAAGAACUCAGAAUUGACCUGGGGCCCCAAGGUUGUCCAGGUGGUCUCGGAGUACGUAAGCCAGAACUUCACUGAGAUCACACCUGCUGAUGGCCAAAGGGGUCCCACCAAAAAGGCAAAGGCCACCCAAGGCCCAAAGCCCAGGAAGACAGAGGCUCCCAAGGAUCCCAGCCAGAGCACCAGCACGACAGAAGUCCCUGUGGGCCCAAAGCCCAGCAAGUCCAGGUCGACCCUGAGCCUAAAGGAGAGAGUGAGAAGAGCUAAGGCUGUUCGAGCCCAGGGCUGGAAACUCAAGGCCCAGAGCAGCAGUCAGAAACUAACAAAGACUUCCAGCACAACCCGCCCGGACAGCGGUGAGACCAUGGGCAGAGCCAAUGAGCCCCCGGGCCCGAUUCCAGGGCCCAGCAAGGAUGAUGGUACCUCAAGCUUCAGUGAGAGCCCGUCAACAGAUUUCAACAACAGUGAAAGCUUCAUGGAACUGACUAACCUUUUAACUAAGGAAGUCCAACAGUUACCAGGAGACACACUCAGCCAUGGCCAUUAUACUACUCCCUCAAAGGGCCAAUGAAGCCCUUGCCAAGCAGUGAACAGAUUUCAGCAAAGGUGUCUCCUCCCAGGACAGUAAGAAACUUUAGUCAACGUUCUGAUACCAUGGCUAAGUUUAUUAUCUCUGUUCUCUUCUUGUACAAAAUUAAAAACUUUGAAAU